AGCCAUUGAAUUGUUACACCAACUCAUUCAACAAAUCCUCCCAAACAAGCAAUAUAUACAACAACUUUCAAAAGUUAGAAAUAAGAAAUGUGACAAACACUUCCUAUUUGUAUUUUAUCAUUCCACAUAAUUAUUUCAUCUUCAACCUUUUUCUUCUGUCCUCUUUCCAUCCUAAUGGUUAUUCAAAAUAAUCAAACAUUCAUCAUCUUCUUCCUUUUCAUUCUUGAGUUUCUUACAGCCACAGCCAACUUCACAUAUGAAAGUUUUCAAAUAGAGGAAAUUAAUUUCUUCAAGUUCCAAGGAAAUUCAACGAUCUACAACCACGCUCUUCAACUAACUCCUGAAACACUCAACAAAGCAUUCCUUCAUACUCACUACAACAAGUCGGGUCGGAUCAUGUACCCGGAACCGUUCAAGCUCUGGUCAUCAUCUUCCUUAGCUUCUUUCAACGCUAGUUUUGUUAUCAACAUUUACAGAGAAUUAGAAUGGGAAGCAGGUCAUGGCUUGGCUUUUCUUAUAGCUCCAAAUCAUAGCGGCUUACCUGAAUCAAGCUUUGGUCAAUGGCUUGGCCUUACAAAUUCCUCUACCGAUUCUAACCCUCUGAACCACAUCGUAGCCGUGGAAUUCGAUACGCAGAGCGAUCAAGAUGGAACCAUCGGUGAUCAUAUCGGUCUCAAUAUCAACUCCGUUAAAUCGAAAACCAAGGUUUCACUCGACGAAUACAACAUCAAUCUUUCUCCGCCGCCUCCAGGCGCCAAUUACAGCGUUUGGAUUGAUUACGAUGGCCUGAGGAAAGUAAUGGAGGUUUAUAUGAUUACAGAAGGAAAUCCAAAGCCUGAAGAAGCGAUUUUAAGCGAGGAAAUAGAUCUGAAACAGUAUCUGAAACAAGAAUCAUACUUCGGAUUUGCUGCUUCAACUGGAGAUCCAGAGAUCGAGUUAAAUUGCGUUUUGAAGUGGGAAAUUCAAAUUUAUGGAAUUUCAGAUGAAGAAGAUGAUAAAAUUGGGUUAAAGAUUGGUGUUGGGGUUGGAGUUGGAGUUGGUAUUGGUAUUUCCAUUGGAAUAAUUUUAGUUAUUUACAGAUCCAAGAGGAGAAAAGUAAAGAAAGAGGAAAGUAAUAACAGUAUUGAAAAGCAUGAGUUUGGGAAACUGAAAUGGCUGCCUGGGAUGCCAAGAGAGUUCAAGUACAGGGAAUUGAAGAAGGCAACAAACAAUUUCCAUGAAAAUAUGAAAUUAGGGGAAGGUGGAUUUGGAAUAGUAUACAGAGGUGUUCUUGAUCAUCAAAUUGAAGUUGCUGUCAAGAAAUUCUCCAGAGAUAACAUCAAAGGCAAAGAUGAUUUCUUGGCUGAGCUUACAAUCAUUCAUCGCCUUCGACACAAGAAUCUUGUCCGGUUAGUUGGAUGGUGCUAUGAGAAGCGGAAGCUUCUUUUAGUUUAUGAUUUCAUGCCAAACGGCAGCCUGGAGAAGCAUCUGUAUGAGGCUACUGAGCAGGAUACAUUGAAUUGGAGCCGUCGAUGCAAGGUGCUGGAAGGAGUAGCUUCUGCAUUACAUUACCUGCACAAUGAAUAUGAUCAGAAGGUCGUUCACAGAGACCUCAAAGCCAGCAACAUUCUGCUCGAUAAGGACUUCAAUGCUCGGCUAGGUGAUUUCGGCCUUGCUAGAGCCAUAGAAAAUGAAAGGAACUCGUAUGCUGAGCUAGAAUUAGGCGGAGUUGCAGGCACCAUGGGUUAUGUUGCUCCAGAAUGCUUCCAUACAGGAAGGGCUACCCCUGAAUCCGAUGUGUUUGGUUUUGGAGCAGUGGUUCUUGAGGUUGUAUGUGGCAAAGGUCCUGGAACCAAGAUCCACCACAAUCAGCAUCUUUAUUCACUGGUCGAUUGGGUUUGGAUGUUACACCGGGAAGGGCGUAUUCAAGAAGCUGUUGAUGAAAGACUCAAGAAUGAUUUCGUGGAGGAUGAAGCGAAGAGGCUUUUACUUCUGGGGUUGGCUUGUUCACAUCCUAAUGAGAAUGGAAGGCCUAAAACACAGGUCAUUCUUCAAAUAAUAUCUGGAUCUUUGCCAGCCCCUGAUGUACCUCCAUUUAAGCCUGUGUUCAUGUGGCCUUCAAUGGAUAACAACAGCAACAGCGAUAGCUCGCUCUCUAGCAUCAUACUGUCUUCUCAAAAGAGUAGCAGAACAAAAAGUCUAACCACUUUGCAGAGGACUUCAUCUGAUCUCCCAGUAUAGGGCUGCGUGCUGAUAAAAAGCGUCUCUGCAGAAGGUAGAUUGUGAUUCUUCUAACCUUUUCACGAUGGUCUUUUCUUUUCUUUUUUUAACACCCAUUUGUACUGCAUUUCUAAAAAUCUUAUACAUAACAGUAUUAUGACCACGAAUGAGCACUUUCUGUACAUCAUUCAUUCGCUGUCUUAUGUCUUGUAGUCCUGACAGGUUCUUGCAAUCCUGCCAGACCCAGUGCUCUAAUUGUAAUGUACUCAUGUUAUGAUCUAAUGCAAGAUUUCCUGGAAAAGUUUUUGUUGCCAAAA